AUGAAUCGCUUCUUCACCUCUCUCAUUCUCACACCUUCAAUUUUUGCCCUAAAACCCUGGCUGCCGUCGUGGUGGCCGCCGCCGAAGAGAAGCAAACGGAGUCACACUCUUCGAUUCACCAUGAAGCUCGUCAGGUUCUUAAUGAAGUUGAACAAUGAAACUGUAUCCAUUGAGCUCAAGAAUGGCACUGUAGUUCAUGGAACCAUUACAGGUGUUGAUAUCAGCAUGAACACUCAUUUGAAGACAGUUAAACUAACUCUGAAAGGGAAGAAUCCAGUGACUCUGGAUCAUCUCAGUGUGAGGGGUAACAACAUCCGAUACUAUAUUCUUCCUGACAGCUUGAAUCUUGAGACCUUGCUUGUGGAAGAGACACCUAAGAUCAAACCCAAGAAGCCAACUGCCGGUUCUUAUUCUGUUUUUACCUAUAAGCUUUGCGGUACAUGGCUUCAUUUUCAGUAA